UCCAACCGCAACCAAAAAGCCCCUAAAAACUUCUUGCUGUCUGCUUGAUAAUGGCCUCUACAGAAAAGCAGUGAUAGUUGCAAGAUUUAUAAUAAAACCGUAUGAUUUGCUAACAGGAGUAAUUGCUCUCAGAAGAGGCCUUUGAUUCCUUGACUAAGAGGAUGGGUAAAAAAGUAAAGAAGGAAGUAGAGCCUCCACCCAAGGAUGUGUUCGAUCCAUUAUUGGUUGAAAGCAAAACAGCAGCAACAGUUGUGCUAAUGCUUAGUUCUCCUGAAGAGGAAAUUUUGGCUAAAGCAUGUGAUGCUCUGUAUAAAUUCGCAUCAAAAGGUGAUGAGAACAAAGUGACACUUCUUGGUCUUGGAGCAGUGGAACAUCUGUUUAAACUCAUCUCACAUGAAGAUCCAAUUGUACGCAGAAAUGCCAUCGUGGUACUUGGCAUCAUGGCUUCUAAUCAUGAUGUCAAGAAAUUACUGAGGGAACUGGAUGUCACAAAUUCACUUAUAUCACAGCUGGCGCCAGAAGAAGAAGUAGUUAUCCAUGAAUUUGCUAGUCUCUGCCUAGCACACAUGGCUGUUGAAUAUACUACUAAAGUACAAAUAUUUGAGCAAGGUGGAUUAGAACCACUUGUCAGACUGCUAGGUAGCCCUGAUCCUGAUGUUAAGAAGAAUUCGCUUGAAUGUAUCUACCUCGUGAUGCAGGAUUUUCAAAGCCAUGCUGCGGUUCGUGCGCUGAAUGUAAUUCCACCCUUGCUGGAACUACUGAAAUCUGAAUACCCAGUUAUUCAGUUGUUAGCCCUUAAAAUCUUAGAAGAAAUUAGCAAAGACAGAGAAACCAGGAUAAUACUGAGAGAAAAUAACGGAUUAGAUUGUCUUCUGAAGAUACUGGAAACCAAUGAAUUCAGCGAUCUACAUGUGGAAGCUCUUGCUGUGUUGGGAAAUUGUCUGGAAGACACGCAUACUCUGCAACUGAUUCAGCAGACAGGAGGCCUUAAAAAGCUACUUUCAUUUGUAGGAGAUUCUACUGUUCCAGAUAUUCAGAAGAAUGCAGCAAAGGCAAUUACCAGAGCAGCUUAUGACUCUGAAAAUAGAAAAAUCUUAAGGGAGGAAGAGGUUGAGAAGUGUCUCAUAAACUUUUUGGAAGUUGAUAAUGAUGGAGUUAAAGUUGCUGCUUCGGAAGCAAUUUCUGCCAUGUGUGAGAAUUCAGCUAGCAAACGUGCACUUGGAGUCCAGGGGAUUCCCCCGCUAGUGCAGUUGCUAAGCAGUGACAAUGAAGAGGUAAAAGAAGCUGCAGUGACAGCAUUAGUUAAUUUGACAGCAGACAGUCCUAGUAAUGCCAGGGCUGUUGCUGAGGCUGAAGUAGCUGAGCCAUUAGUAAAUCUCUUGAGCUCUGGGAGGGACGGAGCGGUCGCUCACGCCGCCACAGUGCUGACAACUCUGGCCACCCAAGAGCCCUUCCGCAGGCGCGCGAGGAGACACGGUGUCAUGGGAGCACUGACAGCACCCCUGGGCUCCCCCAACGGCCAGCUGCAAGGCAGGGCAGCCUCUGCCGUGGCUGCUUUUGGUUGUGACGCUGAUGCAAGAACUGAGUUAAGAAAUGCAGGUGGACUGGAACCCCUCGUUGAAUUGCUGCAUUCUAGGAAUAAAGAAGUCAGAAGAAAUGCCUGUUUGGCUGUUACGGUCUGUGCCAGUGAUGAACCAACUGCUGUUGAACUGUGCAGGCUAGGCGCUUUAGACAUCCUAGAAGAAAUUAAUCUAUCAAUGGUGCGCAGAAAAAACUAUAGUGAAGCUGCUCUGGAAAUGUUACUUGAUAACAAUCUUUCCCAAAAGUACAGCCGGAUGGGAUAUUUAUCAUCAAGUAAUAUCAUUACUGAUGGAUUCUAUGAUUGUGGUCAGAUAAAACCUGGAGUGAAAUUUUUAUCUUUGAAGGAACUGAGUAUGCAAGAGCUGACUGACCAGCGGGCCGUAAUCUUCAUUAAUGCUAAACCACAAGAAGAUCUUGCAGUAGAGGAGAAGGAACAAGAUUCAUUUGAUGAACUGGCUAUCGUGUCGCCUUCUAUUUCAAGAAGAAGCAGUAGAGAAAGAGCAAGAAAAGGGAAGGGGAAAAAAGAAGAGGAAAAGCUGAAAGAAAUUGUACAGGUUAUAUCUAAAGUCCAGAAUGAAAUAAAUCAAAAACAUUCACAUUGGCCUCCACCACCUGACCUCAUUUUACUGGAUUACAUCAAUGAUGCUUCCAAAACAAUUCUGCCUCUAACUACUACCCGGGAACAGGUUGUGGCUCUUGCACAGUUUGUUGCGGACAAGAUGGGUGGCCCCAUUGAAAGAGACAAAGUGCAUGACUUCAGCUGGGAGCUGCACAUGAGUGAAAUAGAAUUUGAACUGAAAAGCAACGUUGUGCCCAUCGGGAAAGUCAAAAAAGGGACAUUCUGCCACAGGGCUUUACUUUUCAAGGUGAUAGCAGACAGAAUUGGCAUUUGCUGCAGUUUAGUUCGUGGUGACUAUAACAGAGCGUGGAAUGAAGUUGAAUUGGUUGAUGACUCUCCUCAAGGAAUAGCUGGGCUUCUGCUUCCUCCUAAACAGUAUAUUGUAGAUCUGAUGUUUGAGCCGGGCUCCUUGCUGAAACAAAGAAGUGCAGAGGCAGAUCAGUACAAACAUAUUUAAUCAUCUUGACAACUUUCACCGAAAUAACUGUUUUAAAAAUGUUUGCAGUGCUAAUGUGUAUGAAAUGUGAGGUCCGGCUAUCAAAAAGAAGCAGAUCUGGUAUGCUGUCCUAAAUGUUUAAUUAAACAUUUUAGAUAAUCAACUUCAAUAGUUAGAAAUUUUGUUAAUUUUUUUGUACUAUUUUUAGACUAAACUAGGAAACUACAGAUUAAAAUUUAGUAGGUGAAGAAUAUAUGAUAUGUGUUAACAUUAUAAUGCUCAUUAAAUAGGUUAACAGGUUUAAAUUAUUUCCAAAAUACACUAUAUUCUCUUUUUCUUACAUUCCUUCAACUCCCAUGCAUCCUUAUAGGAAUUAUAUGUCCAUGAAGAAAGAAAGUGUGACAUUUGGUGAAGUAACAAGUCACCUAAAAUCAACUAGACAGGUUUUUUGUAUGAAAUAAUCCAAGAACUGAGAAUUAGAAGAACUAAGAUAACAGUAUACUUUCAGCCUCUACAGAAAACAUCACAUUUAUAUUUCUUGGGAGGGUUAAUAAUUACAGAUAAUAGUGUACUCUGGAUGAAAGUAAAUACUGUUUGUCCUGGCAGAGGGAAGACAGAUGAUUGAUAAGUUAUUGCUUGUGAUCUCCUUUUAAAUUUUUUACUUUUCACUUGAAGAUAAAAUGGGCUCUGAGAAGGCAGCAGUUUUAGUGAGGGAAUUUGUCUUUCUUGCUGCCUUGGCUGAUGUGGUGUUGCUGAAGUGUGGUGGGGCAUCUACGAGAGGUAAAACACUGGCUAGAACCCUCUAGUGAAUGUUUUCUGGUGAAGCUGCCAGGAAUGUACUGGAGUAUUUUGGGGAGUACCACUGCUGAGUGACCUUACUGUGAAAAACUGAGACAAAGCCCCGUACAGACGUUAGGCCAACGCAGACAACACUGUGCCAAACCGAAUUUCAGGAGACCAGAACGCCAACGACAAGGUGUUCACUUCCUGCCCACCAAAAACGUGAUACAAAAAUUUGGGGGUCUGUGUUCUUUUAGAUUUUUAAUGCUUACGUAUGCACAGUGACUUUGCUUUGGUUUGUGGAGGUCUGUGUCUGUUGUAUUCAUUAGUGCUUAUGAGCGUGAUCCCACCGCUCCCCUCCUUCCUCCUUGACACGCAGCACCAUUUGCCACUAGCCCUUUGGGGAACAUUUUAUCUUUCUGUUGUAAAUUCACUUAUAUGGCCACACAUUCAUAGUGUUUUUUUUUUUACCUCCUGUUCAGUAGUAUUCUCAACAUCAGAAUGAAAAAGAACUCUGGAAACAAAACAGAUGAUUACGCCAGCAGAGCUGAGUGGCAGGUGAGGAUGUGUGUCUUAUCGUUGCUGUGUAGCAGGUCGGGGGCUGAUGAAAAGGGAUAUUCUCUCACUGACAGGCAUGAUCGGGUAUAGAAACCUGCAACUUUGAAAGUGCAGGAAAUGGAAGUAAAAUAAGGAUUAAUUUCCUACUAGCUCUCAUUUUGUAUAGCUUUCCUACGUUGGAAUUUCAUUAUUUUGUAUUGGAACCAUAAUGUCAAAGUGUGACUUACUCUGUUUGAGAAGGUCUUAAAAAACAAAGCAAUUUCUGUUGUUUCUAAUAAAAGUCAAUAU